AUGCAGCUGCUACCUCUGUCGCCGCGCCCUGCGCGCGCGCUGUGCCUGCUGCUCGGCGUGCUCGUGCUGCUGGCGCCCGUGCUGGUGGCGCAGGCCUCGGACGCCGUGGCCCUGUGGCCCCUGCCGCUCUCCGUGACUAUGACCCCGCGCCUGCUCUACCUCUCGCCCGGCAAUUUCCACUUCAGCCACGGCCCCAAUUCCACGGCCGGCUCUGCCUGCAUCAUCCUGCAGGAGGCUUUCCGGAGAUACUAUGAGUAUAUUUUCGGUUUCCACAAGCAGUACCAAAGCCAAGUUAGAUUUCAGCCUGGAAGAGAGUUACAGCAACUUCUUGUCACUGUUGUCCUCGACUCGGAAUGCAACUCUUUCCCCAACAACGCUUCAGAUGAGUCAUAUAGUUUAAUUGUGAAAGGAUCCGUGGCUAACCUCAAAGCCAACACAGUUUGGGGCGCAUUACGAGGUUUAGAAACCUUUAGCCAGUUAAUUUUUCAAGAUCGUUAUGGAACUUUCAGCAUCAAUGAAUCCACCAUUAGUGACUCACCAAGGUUUCCUUACAGAGGAAUUUUAAUUGACACGUCGAGACACUAUCUGCCAGUUCCAAUUAUUCUUAAAACUCUGGAAGCCAUGGCUUUUAAUAAGUUUAAUGUUCUCCACUGGCAUAUAGUUGAUGACCAGUCCUUCCCUUACCAGAGCAUCACUUUUCCUGAGUUAAGCCAUAAAGGCAGCUAUUCUUUGUCUCAUGUUUACACACAAAAUGACGUCCGCAAGGUGAUCGAAUAUGCUCGGCUGCGAGGGAUUCGGGUCAUUCCAGAGUUUGACAGCCCCGGACAUACACAGUCUUGGGGGAAAGGUCAGAAAGGCCUCCUGACACCAUGUUACAGUGGUCAACAGCCAUCUGGGGAGUUUGGACCUAUCAACCCUAUUGUGAAUACAACUUACAGCUUCUUGUAUAAAUUUUUCAAAGAAAUCAGUGAAGUGUUUCCAGAUCGAUUCAUUCAUUUGGGAGGAGAUGAAGUAGUCUUUAACUGCUGGCAAUCAAAUCCAGAUAUCAAAGAAUUCAUGGCGCAAAAAGGCUUUGGCACAGAUUUUAAAAAACUAGAAUCUUUCUAUAUUCAGAGGAUUGUGGACAUGGUUACAAUUUUAAACAAGAACUCCAUAGUCUGGCAAGAAGUUUUUGAUGAUGCUGUGAAGCUUCAGCCAGGAACAGUAAUUGAAGUAUGGAAAGGAGCUAAUUAUCCUGAAGAACUAAAGGCAGUAACGUCCGCUGGCUUUCCUGUAAUCCUGGCUGCUCCUUGGUACCUCGACUUGAUUAGUUAUGGACAAGACUGGGGAAAAUACUAUAAAGUGGAACCUCUGAAUUUUCCUGGUUCUGACGAACAGAAAAAACUCAUCCUUGGUGGAGAAGCCUGCCUCUGGGGAGAAUAUGUAGAUGCAACUAACCUCUUACCAAGAUUAUGGCCCCGGGCAAGUGCUGUUGGUGAGAGACUCUGGAGCAACAAAGAUGUCAGAAAUUUACAAAACGCUUACAACAGAUUAUUCCAACACCGCUGCAGAAUGGUCCAACGUGGAAUACCUGCAGAACCUCUUUUUACUGGCCACUGUAGAGAAGAGUACACAAAAGCAUUCUAA